AUGACAACAUCGUCAAGGACCGAAUCACCGCCAAUAUUGCCAACCUUCGACUCCAAGCCUAUCCCUCAAGUCCAUUAUGACUUAGAAGCCGGUCCUGAGCCUGAAUUUCUGUCUCCUGGUCGCCGUCUAACCCCACGUCCAACUUUCCUCGACGGCUGCUUUAGUCCCAAAGAUGGUCAUUCCACCUUGAAGCGACAGGGUUCUAGCGACCUCGUUCGCUAUUUUCAUGGUCCUCGCGAUCUGGACAAGCACACUAAAUGGCCAGUCUUCUUCCGACUGCAUGGUAGUGUGUUGCCAAAGCUGAUCAUCCCUCUUUCGUUCAUUGCCAUCUGGUCAACCGUCGUUACCUUGGUGUGCAAAUAUGUUUACGAUCUUGGGAUUGAUAACAUCCUGCUCACCGUUACUGGUCUCGUCGUCGGACUGUCGCUAUCUUUUCAAAGCUCAACCGCUUACGAGAGAUGGGCCGAUGGACGAAAGUACUGGUCCCUUCUGCAUCAAGCGUCGCGAAACCUCGCCCGCACUAUCUGGAUCUGCACGACCGAGCGAGAAGGCGAAGAAGGCAAAGAGGAUGUCCUUGACAAAUUAUCUGCGAUGAACCUGAUCCUUGCAUUCGCCGUCGCCCUCAAGCACAAACUCCGCUUCGAACCCGACAUCGGCUACGACGACCUCGCAGGACUAGUAGGCCACCUCGACACGUUCGCCAAAGAAGCGUACGAUCGCCAGCGUCUCGUACCCCCGCGAAAAUCGUUUUGGAAAUCUGCCGGCGAGUACCUUUCAUUAUCAAUCGCGGAGUCGGAUCCUCGGAAACAUGUCAAGCGAUCUAAGAAGCCCCUUGGUCAUCUUCCGCUGGAGAUUCUGAACCAUCUGUCGGUGUAUGUCAAUCAGUGGAUUGCCUCCGACGCGCUCAGUUUCAAUGUCUAUCAGACGCAAGCGAUCAACAGCCUCGCCAGCCUCAAUGAAGUCGUCACCGGUACCGAACGCGUCCUCGACACGCCCCUACCCACCGCAUACACGAUCUCCAUCGCCCAAAUCACCUGGAUCUACGUAUUAGUCCUCCCGUUCCAACUCUACGACACCCUCUCCUGGGUGACAAUCCCCGGCUCAAUCGCCGCCGCAUACAUCAUCCUCGGCCUCUCCGCGAUCGGCCGCGAGAUCGAGAACCCCUUCGGCGACGACGUGAACGACCUCCCCCUGGACACGUACUGCCGGCGCAUCGCGCAAGAACUCGACAUCAUCACCGCCAUGCCCGCCCCCAACGUCGACGACUUCGGCUCCCGCGACGAGAACCUCGUUUUCUUCCCCCACAGCACCGCAGGGUACCCCGAGUGGAAGGACCGCAGUCUGUCGGAUAUUCGCGCGAUCUUGAAAACGAGGGUCAUGGCGAACGCGCAUUCGCCAUCGCCGUUAAAUACGCCCAAUGCGUCGGGCUUUUUUGGCGCGGCUGGUGCGGUGAGUCCGAGUCCGUGCCCGAGUUUGGGGAGUAGGCAGUGUUUGAGUCCGGGGGUUUAG